AUGCGUCAUGAAGGGCAAGAUCGAGAGCGCCGUAAGGCCAAAGAGGCUGAAGUCGACAGCAAAAGUCAGUACCCUGUUCCGGAGUUGCCGAAGAAGGUGGACUCUGGAGGUGGCAGUGGGCCUCUCAUCGAGUUCAGCACUGAGGCCCGCGAUGAUCCCAAUGAAGGCUUGAACUUUGGCGAUAUGCCAGAGAGAUGCACCUGCCCGCAUUGUGAGCGAGCGGUUGUCACUUUCAUUGACUAUGAAGCUUCAUGGGUGACUUGGCUUUUGGCCAUUGUGGUUUGGUUCAGCCUGGGGUGGAUGGCCUUUUGGGUCUUGCCACUGCUUUGGCCUGCCUUCAAGGACGUGGUGCAUCAUUGCCCACGCUGCCUCAACGUGAUUGCCCGAAAGUCAAGGAUUUCGCUGCCCACAUUUCGGACAGAGGUGUGUAGCAUCAAGGUGGGCAAUUGUGCGGUGGUCCUGGCACGAAAAUAUGUCAUCAUAUUCUUGGGUCUUUUGUUCACGAUUGUGGCUGUUUAUUGCUUGCGCUCCUUCGUGCACGUCAAUGGGGCAUCGCCGGAGGUGAGCAAAGGUACACCUUCCAAGCUGACUUGGGAGGACUUUCUCUACGAUUGUGGGCCAAAGUCUUCGCUAAGGCUCUUGGUCAUCAUGUGGCCUUUCGACCACAUCUUCAAGAUCACCUGGAGCGGUCAAUGGAUGGUCGGCAGAACUGAGAAAGCCAUGAUCUUGACUGGUGUCACGGUGAUUGGGCUCAGCGGCUCUCGGCUCAACCUCUAA